CUUGCAAGGGAAAUAUUUUUACAGUAGAAAAUUAUACUAAUGUCUUUAAACUUGAACUUUUAAGCUAACAUAGAUGUGAGGAGGCACAAUGGUUAGACACAGCAAACUACAAAAGCAGAUUCUGAGUCUUUACAGACAGUUUUUACAAGCCGGCAAAGAGAAACCUGGGUUUGUACCCAGAAUCAGAGAUGAAUUCAGAAGAAAUGCAAAAAUUCCAAAGACUGAUGUUAUGCACAUAGAGUACCUUCUGCGGCGGGGGCAACGGCAACUGCAGCAACUACAGGAUGCAAAUACAAAGCAACUGGGAGCCUUCAUCAGAUCCCCAACCAAUCAGAACAAUUAAUAUGUUUUCUUAUAAAAAAGAUUUGAUAUUGGUACAAAUGUAACUACUCUUUGUAUAUAAAUUAUUUAUACUAUUUAUAACAAGUUGUUUGCUCUUA